CCCAUUUAUUUCGUGCCCGUGCUCGUGUCGUGCUCUAACCGUGCCGUGCCGUGCUAGCCCGUGGGCGGCACGGCCCGUUGCCCACGUACAGCCACAACGACGACAAUGGCGGCCAGAAUAUUGCAAAGAGGGAAAUCAAAGGCACCGUGGUGCUGAUGAAGAAGAACGUGCUGGAGUUAAAUGACGUCAACGCUUCGGUCGUCGAUCGCUUCGACGAGCUCUUGGGGCGGGGAGUAUCCCUGCAACUCAUCAGCUCCGUUCAUGGCGACCCUCAGAAUGGCAACAAGGGCAAGCUUGGGAAGGCAGCGUACUUGGAGAAGUGGAUCACAACAAUAGCUCCAUUAAAAGCCGGCGAAACAGCCUACGAUGUCAGCUUCGAGUGGGAAGAAGAAGAGAUCGGAGUUCCAGGAGGGUUUCUUAUCAAGAACAAUCACCAAACGAGUUCUUCUUAAAGUCUCUCACGCUUGAAGAUGUUCCUGGGGAAGGAAGAAUCCACUUCCCAUGCAACUCCUGGGUUUAUCCUGCCAAGAACUACACCAACGACCGCGUUUUCUUCACAAACAAGGUUUGCUCAACGCUGCAGUUUGUUCGUGCUUCUGUUAGGUUAAAAUGACUCCAUGGUUAACGUUUUCCUCCUGUUAUUUUUGAGCAACAGUCGUAUCUGCCACAUGAGACGCCAUUGCCAUUGGUGAAAUACAGAGAAAAAGAGCUGGUUGCUUUGAGAGGAAAUGGGGAAGGGGCGCUCAAGGAAUGGGACCGAGUGUAUGAUUAUGCUUGCUACAAUGAUUUAUGGGAUCCUGAUGAUGGGGAUGCAGAUAAUGCCAGACCAACUCUGGGAGGAUCGGCUGAGUACCCUUAUCCUCGUAGGGUAAGGACUGGCAGGCCGCCCUCUAAAUCAGAUCCAAAUGUAGAGAGCAGGCUAUCACUACUGAUGACCCUAGACAUAUACGUCCCAAGAGACGAGAGAUUUAGUCACCUGAAGCUGUCGGAUCUCCUUCUUAACGACCUCGAAGCCAUCGUUCAAAUCGUGAAGCCUGAACUGGAGGAUAUGUGCUCUGGAAAUGGGAAUGAAUUUGAUUCAUUUGAUGAUGCUUUGAAGCUAUACGAUGGAGGGGUGAAGCUCUCUGGAGGUCCUACACUCGAUAACCUCUGGAAGAAUAAUCCUUUAGAUAUCAUCAACCUGAAAUACCCUUUGCCAGAAGUGAUCAGAGGUACAUAAAUAAGUACGGUAUGUAUACAGGAAGGAUGACAAUGGAGAUUUAUCGAUGGAAAUGUUGGCUGGGCUCAACCCUGUUAUCAUUAGUCUUCUUCAAGAGUUUCCACCGAGGAGCAAACUGAAUGCUAAAGUCUAUGGCAAUCAAGACAGUUCGAUUAGUGAAGAACACAUAAGGCAUUUCCUGAAAGGAUUGACGGUAGCUGAGGCAAUCAAGAGCAACAAGCUAUUCAUACUAGAUCACCACGACACAGUGAUACCAUACCUAAGAAGGAUUAACGACAACACCACCUCCAAAACAUACGCAACAAGAACAAUCCUAUACCUGCAAAACGAUGACACAUUGAAGCCAAUGGCGAUCGAGUUGAGCUUGCCACAUCCCGGCGGAGACCAGUUCGGAGCCAUUAACAAAGUCUACACUCCACCACCUGCAGAUCAAAAGGAGGGAAGCCUUGAAGAAAUCAUUUGGCAGUUGGCCAAAGCAUAUGUAGCAGUAAACGAUUCUGUCUCCCACGAGCUCAUUACCCACUUCUUGCACACUCAUGCCGUGAUAGAGCCAUUUGUAAUUGCAACAAACAGGCAGCUGAGCCUAAUCCACCCGAUCUACAAGCUUCUGCACCCUCAUUUCCGAGAUACUAUGAGCAUAAACGCCAUUGCGAGACAGAUCCUCAUCAAUGGCGGAGGAGUGGUGGAGUUGGCGUUCUACCCUGCCAAGUACUCCAUGGAAUUCUCUUCUUCACUAUAUAAAGACUGGAACUUCACUGAGCAAGCCCUCCCUCAGGAUCUCAAGAAAAGGGGAAUGGCAGUUCCUCACCCAGAGUCCAAACACGGCCUCCGACUUCUGAUCAAAGACUACCCAUACGCCAUCGACGGGCUUGACAUCUGGUCGGUGAUAAGAAACUGGGUAUCCGAUUAUACAUCACUGUACUACAAAACCGAUGAGGCGAUUCGGAGUGAUACCGAGCUCCAAAUGUGGUGGAAAGAACUGGUGGAGGUCGGCCAUGGGGACAAGAGAGACGAGCCUUGGUGGCCCAAGAUGGAAAAUCGAGAAGAGCUCAUUGAAUCGUGCACGACGAUGAUAUGGAUUGCGUCGGCGCUCCAUGCGGCCACGAAUUUUGGGCAGUACACUUACUCCGGCUACAUGCCCAAUCGCCCCACCAACAGCCGGCGAUUCAUGCCGGUGGAAGGAACGGCAGAAUUCGAGGAGCUGAGAGAGAACCCAGAUAGGGCUUUCAUGAGGACGAUCACGGCGAAGCUUCAGACGCUGCUGGUGAUCUCGCUGAUUGAAGUUUUGUCAAUGCAUUCCUCGGACGAGGUUUAUCUAGGUCAGCGGGAUACAGCGGAGUGGACGGUGGAUUUGGCGGCGGCGGCGGCGUUCGAGAGGUUUGGGAAGGCAUUGGCGGAAGUUGAGGAGAGGAUUGUGGAGAGGAACAGAGAGGAGAAGCUGAGGAAUCGGCAUGGACCGGUGAAGAUACCAUACACUCUGUUGUUUCCGUCCAGUGGGGCUGGUAUGACCGGCAAGGGGAUUCCAAAUAGUAUUACUAUUUGAAAAA